AAACUCAAAGUCCACCUGGCCAGAUUCUCAGAUAAUGUUAGUCUACAACAACUGCCACUCAGUAUUUACUCCAGACAGUCAUUUUGAGACUGAAGGGACUGUAAACAACUGAAACAACAAAGACCAUGAUGGAAACAACAUCCUCUUUUUUAAAGUCAGUGUCUCGGCGGGUGUGGUCCGCCCCUCAACGUCCAUUCAGAGUGUGCUCCUGGAACAGAGAGGUCAAAAAAGGAGUCACUGCAGGAACUCUAGAGGAGCUUAAAGAGAAGGCAACCCAGGCUCUCUUGAUAUCUACUGCGCUGACUUUGGUGUGUGAGGAGGAUGGGACAGAGGUCGACUCGGAUGAGUUUCUCAUGGCCCUGCCAGACAACACGGUUUUCAUGGGGCUUAACUCUGGAGAGACCUGGAGACCUCAUCCUUUGCAUCAAAGGAGAGGUCAAAGCAAACCAGGUGACCACAAGCCAAGGACAGGAAGAGAUAUUGCUCAGGUCACCUUUGAUCUUUACCGGAAUAGCCCCAAAGAUGUAUUUGGCUCUCUGAAUGUGAAAGCCACAUACCAAGGGCUUUACUCUGUCAGUGCUGAUUUUCAAUGCCUCGGACCCAAGAAAUUCCUGAGGGAGGCACUCAGGUUCAUGUCCUCUCUCCUCCACGCUGCUGGACACAUGUUGAUCACAUCCGCAAAUGUGAUUCGUCGUAUUGUCCAGGGGGCGGAUUUUCUUGAAGCGCAGCAUGGCAGACCUAUCAGUCACACGGCAUACUUGAAAUAAAAUGAGAGAUGUAAAUUCAAUGGACAUGAAUUUCACUGCAAUUGUAACUGAGGGAGAGAUGUUGAUCUGAGACUUUGGGGAUGUUUCCUAGACAUGGAUGUAUAUUUUGGUUCCAUUUGUAGGCUGUCACUGUCUGUGGGGAAAUUUAAAUGUAGAAUUACCAUUUACUCCAGGAAAAAAAAAUAUUUCUAAAACUGUAGCCGGUUACAUGAAACCCCUUUAUAGAAUAGUUCACCCCAAAAUGUAAAUUCUCUCAUUAUUUACUCAUCCUUAUGCCAUCCCAGGUGUGUCUGACUUUCUUUCAUCGGCUGAACUCAAAUGAAGAUUUUUAGAAGAAUUUCUCAGCUUGUUUGGUCCAUACAACGCAAGAGAAUGGGUGCCAAACAAUUUAAGACUCUAGUGGUUAAAUCAGUAUCUUCAGAUUCGAUAUGACAGGUGUGGGUGAGAAACAGAUCUCUUUCACUUUCUUCUUGGUGAUUCACGUUCUUCAUGCAUACUGCCCCUUACUGGCAGGGAGAAGAAUUUCAAACAAAAUAGGACUUGCAUUUUGAUGUUUCUCAUCCACACCUAUCAUAUAACUUAUGAUCAUUUGGAUAAAAACACUGGAGUUAUAUGGAUUACUUUUAUUAUGCAUUUAUUUGCUUUUUGGAGCAUAAACAUUUUGGCACACAUUCACUUGGAUUGUAUAGACUAACAGGGCUUAAAUAUUCUUCUGUAUAUCUUAAUUUGUGUUCUACAGAAGAAAGAAAGUCAUGCAUAUCUAGGAUGGCAUGAGGGUGAGUUAAUGAUGAGAGGAUUUUCCUUUUUGGGUGAACUAUGCCUUUAAGAAAACCUUUAGUGACAAUACACUUCUAAUUAAUGAAUAUAUUGUAAGGAUUUGUUCAGGGCUUAACAGUUACCAUAAACUGAUUCUGUGUAUUUCAUUUAAUUUAUAAAUGUUUAUUUAGGGGUUCUUGUAGCUCAACUGGUUUAUGACACCAGGAAACUCACAAACCCAUACCUCGAAUGCACUGUAAAAUUACUUUUUUUUUUUUUUUUUUUUAAUCCAGAGUUUGCCAAAUGCAUAGAUGCAAAUGUAAUUUCAUGCUUAGCGUUCUUUAAGUUUACAUGUUAAUAACAUCUG